AUAACGGUAAAAAGAAUAUCUUUUGCCCUUCUCUCUCUCUCUCUCUCUCUCUCUCUCUCUCUCUCUGUGUGCUGCGUGUGUGUGUGUGUGUUCGGCCGUUUUGGGGAAUAGAUUAGAUAAUGGGUGUGGGAGGAAAGUUCUGGGAUUUGGUGAGACCAUAUGGUCGAAACGAAGGUAGUGAUUAUCUGAGAGAGAAACGGGUGGCCGUUGAUCUUUCCUUCUGGAUCAUUCAGCAUGAAACUGCCGUCAAGGGUUUUGCCCUUAAACCUCACCUCAGGCUCACCUUCUUCCGUACUAUCAAUCUCUUCUCCAAGUUUGGAGCGUACCCAGUAUUCGUGGUUGAUGGAACACCUUCGCCCUUGAAAUCCCAUACCAGAAUCUCUAGGUUUUACCGAUCUUCUGGAAUUGAUACCUCGAGUCUCCAAGAGGGCGUAGUCUCCGUUGAGAGAAAUAAGCAGUUUUGUGAAUGGGUUACCGAAUGUGUGGAGCUACUUAAAUUGCUCGGUAUCCCUGUCCUGAAAGCAAAUGGUGAAGCUGAAGCUCUCUGUGCUCAGCUCAAUAGCCAUGGUUUUGUUGAUGCCUGCAUUACUCCUGAUAGUGAUGCUUUCCUCUUUGGUGCUUCCUCCGUUAUCAAAUCCAUCAAGCCUAACUCCACUGAGCCGUUCGAGUGCUACCAUAUGUCAGAUAUCGAAGCUGGUCUCGGUCUGAAGCGGAGACACUUGAUAGCCAUCUCUCUUUUGGUUGGUAACGACUUUGAUUCAGGUGGUGUUUCUGGGAUUGGUCUCGAUAAGGCACUUCGCAUUGUCCGUGCCUUCUCUGAAGACGACAUUCUCCAAAGACUAGAGGACAUUGGAAAAGGGUUUAAACCUGCAGUGAGUGGUGGAACCAAAUCAGUGGAUGUUGAUGAUGAUGAUGAUGGUGUAGAAUCAAGCUCCCAGAUGAAAAGAAGAUUGCCUCACUGUUCUCGCUGUGGACACCCAGGCAGCAAGAGAAGUCAUUUCAAGUCCUCUUGUGAGCACUGCAGCUCUGAUUCCGGUUGCAUUAAGAAACCGUUGGAGUUUACAUGUGAAUGCUCCUUCUGCACCAAGGAUCGGGAAUUAAAGGAACAGAAGAAAACCGAGAAUUGGUGGAUCAAAGUCUGCGAUAGGAUUGCUCUAGGCCCAGAUUUUCCCAACAGAAAGAUUAUCCAACUCUAUCUAUCCGACAGUUUCACAGAAGAUGGGUCUUCAAUGUCUUGGGGAACUCCAGAUACGGAAAUGCUAGUGGAUUGCUUGGUUUUCAACCUGCACUGGGAUCCUUGUUAUGUUAGGAAAAUGUUGCUUCCGAUGUUGUCGACCAUUUAUCUAAGAGAAAAGGCAAGAAGCAGCAACACGGGAAAUCCCUUGUUAUGCGACCAGUACGAGUUCCAUUCAAUCAAGUGCAUGAAAACUAGAUAUGGGCAUAAGUCAUUUGUGAUAAGGUGGAGAAAACCCAGAUCUACAAGUGGUUUGACUCCAGAGAAACCGAUUGUUGUAUGGGAAGAAGAUGAAGAAGUGGUGGAAGAGGAGGGGUGUGUUGGUCUCUUAGAUGGGUUAAAUGAACCACAAGUGCAAGAUGAUAACGGUGAAUGCUUCUUGCUAACUGAUGAAUGCGUAGGACUUGUCCAGUCUGCUUUCCCGGAGGAGACAGAGCACUUCCUACAAGAAAAGAAACUGCGAGAGUCGAAAAAGAAGAAUGUUUGUGAAGGAGCAGCAUCAUCAUCAAUGGGUGCACAAAGAAGUAUAACUGAUUUCUACCGAUCAACGAAAGCAGCAGCAGCAGUAGCAACACCAGCUCAAAAUAUAGACACAGGGGGGAGCUCAAUAGCUUCUGCUUCUGUUGAAAAGAAGAGACAAGCAACUAGUGGUAGCUUUUCAAAGUCUGUAAGGCGUCGUCUUUUGUUUGGAUAGAACAUAACAUAGUCGUGUUUUUCUUAGUAAACCCAGUUUCAGGUCUGUAUAAAAAGGAGCGCUUAACUUUGAAUCUUUUCUCUAAUCUAGUAGAUCAUCUUGUUUUUAGGUAA